AUGUUCUGGAUUUUUAUCUUUGGGCUUCUGUACAUUCCCAAUUUUGUGUGUGAUUCAACUGACAGUCUCUGCUAUGCAAACACCGAUGAAUAUCUUUCCCGUGAAGGAGAUAUGCAGAUUUUUGCAUUUAUUCCUCUUUCUGACAUCCAUGAAGAAAAAUAUACUAAAUAUGAAUAUGUGCCACACCACUUGCAGAACCUUAAUGUAUGGUAUAAUUUUAAGAACUACCAGGUGUUUCUGGCCCUGAUAUUUGCCAUUGAGGAGGUCAACAGGAACCCCUAUCUUCUACCCAACACAACUCUGGGCUUUGAUCUUUAUUCUACUUUACAUUCUGAAAAGGAUAGUUUUGAUUUUAUCAUGUUCUGGUUAACACGGCUCAUCAAUCCCGUGGUUAAUUACAACUGUGGAGAGAAGAAAACAUCACUUGCUGCAUUCACAGGAACACCAAUGUCAACAUCUUCCCAUAUUGUUACACUGCUACAACUCUACAACAUACCUCAGCUCACUUUUGGGCCUUUCGAUUCUACCUUGAAUGACCAAGGUCAGUUUCCUUCUCUUUAUCAGAUGGCUCCCAAGGACACACAUCUCUCACUUGCCAUAGUCUCUUUGCUGCUUCAUUUCAGCUGGUCCUGGGUUGGUCUGAUCCUUCAAGAUGACCACAAAGGAACUCAGUUUCUGUCAGAAUUGAGAGAAAAUAUGCACAACAGUAGCAUCUGUAUUGAAUUUGUGAAUAUUAUCCCUGCUACUUCAUAUAUAGACUCCAAUAACUUGGGGGAAAAUCUGGAGAUCAUUCUGAAAUCAUCAGCAAAUGUGAUAGUUAUUUAUGGGAACAUUGUUUCUUCACAAGGUUUAAUGUUUCACAUUGCAAAACUCUUAGUGACAUGGAAAGUCUGGGUCUUGAACUUUCCAUGGGAUGUUGACAACCAUUAUGAUUAUUUCAUGGUAGGCUCACUUCAUGGAAGUCUCGUAUUUUCACACCACCAUGAAGAGAUGGUUGGAUUUACCAAUUUUCUUCACACACUUACUCCCUACAAAUACCCAGAAGACACUUUUCUUCCUAAGUUUUGGGCUUUAUUCUUCAACUGCUCAUUUUAUGGGUUUCGUUGUCAAAUUUUGGAGAGCUGCCAACCAAAUGCUUCUUUGGAUUUACUGCCCAGACAUAUUUUUGACACAUCCAUGAGUGAAGAGAGUUAUAAUAUAUACAGUGCUGUGUAUGCUGUGGCAUACAGUCUUCAUGAGAUGAGUCUUCAACAAAUACAGAUACAGCAAUAUGCUAGUGCAGAAGAAAUGGUAUUCUUCCACUGGCAGCUCCUCCAUUUCCUAAAGAACACCCUACGGAAAGAUCACGUGAGAGGUCACAUCCUAAUGGAUGGGAGAAGAAACUUAGAUUCAGGGUAUGACAUUUUCAAUAUUUGGAAUUUUCCAAAGGGCAUGAGAUUAAAGGUCAAAGUAGGAACCUUCUCUCCAAACACUCCUCAGGGUCAGCAGUUCUCUUUAUCUGAGCAGAUGAUUCAAUGGCCAACACAAUUUACAAAGAUCCCUCAGUCUGUGUGCAGGGAGAGCUGUAGGCCUGGAUUCAGGAAAGCUGCCCAGGAAGGCAAGGCUGCCUGCUGCUUUGAUUGCACUCCUUGUGCAGACAACGAGAUUUCCAACAAGACAGAUAUGGAUCAGUGUGUGAAGUGUCCAGAAAGUCAUUAUGCUAACUCAGAGAAGAACCAUUGCCUCCAGAAAUCUGUGAGCUUUUUGGCCUAUGAACAUCCCAUGGGGAUGGCUCUCACCACCACAGCACUGUUCUUAGCUGUACUCACAACUGUGGUACUUUUCGUCUUUGUGAAGCACAGAGACACACCCAUUGUCAAGGCCAAUAAUCGGGCUCUCAGCUACAUCCUGUUAUUGACACUCAUAGCCUGUUUCCUCAGUUCCCUGCUCUUCAUUGGACAGCCCAACACAGCCACCUGCAUCAUGCAGCAGACAGCAUUUGGAAUUUUGUUCACUGUGGCUCUCUCCACAGUCCUAGCCAAAGCUAUUACAGUGGUUAUUGCAUUCAAGGUCACUGUUCCAGCUAGAAUGGUGAGAUGGUUAAUGGUAUCAAGGGCCCCUAACUUCAUCAUUCCCAUCUGCACAUUGAUACAAACUGUUCUCUGUGCAGUUUGGCUGUUUACCUCUCCACCCUUCAUUGAUCAAGAUGCUCAUGCUGAACAUGGUCACAUCAUCCUUGUGUGCAACAAGGGUUCAGAAGUUGUCUUCCACUGUGUCCUGGGAUACCUCUGCUCCUUGGCACUUGGGACCUACACCAUGGCCUUCUUGUCCAGAAAUCUCCCUGACACUUUCAACGAAGCCAAGUUCCUGUCAUUCAGCAUGCAGGUAUUCUUCUGUGUCUGGGUCACCUUCCUCCCUGUCUACCACAGCACAAAGGGGAAGGUCAUGGUGGCUAUGGAAGUCUUCUCUAUCUUGGCUUCCAGUACUGCUCUCCUUGGCUUGAUCUUUGCCCCAAAAUGUUACAUCAUUUUGUUAAGGCCAGAUAAGAACUCUUGUGACAUUAGACACAAAACACAUUCAGGAAGGAAUAGACAUAUAAAAUUCAUUUUUAAACAAACUUAA